AUGCGCCUCCUCACCGGCUCCCAAAACGAAUCGUUUCAGUUCGUCCCUGAGUCCAUCGCCUCCUUCGGACCCCAAUUCGUCGGGAACGGCGCUAGCGAGAUGAGAUUGGUAGGCGCCCUCCUGGAGGUGCUCGCCGGCGGCCACCUAGGAUUCGAAGAAGUCCAAGGCAUGCUGCGAGACAUUCUUCCGUUGAAAUCAAUGGAUGAUGCGACGUCGUCCGAUAGUGCGAGUGAAGCGUUGCUGAUUGGUCAGCGGAUGAACAGAGAAACGGACCGUGUGCUGAAAGCUUACUGCCUUGCAUUUGAUGAUGAACUCGGUGAUACUCCAAUUGCUGAUGUUAAAUCACUUACUCACUAUGGUGAACCUUACGAUGGUAACACGCGUUUCUUUAGAAGUACAUUGUUCGUUGCUGUGGUUCGAUCUUGUUAUUCCGAAUCUUGCUUGCUUCACGGCUUGGAUUGGAUGCCGCCUAAGGGAGGAGUUACUGAAGAACAGAUGCUUAAGUUUAUGGGGGCAAAUACGAGCUUAACCCCGUUGCAAGCAAAAUCGUGUGUGAAAGCCAAAACAGUGAAGCACGUUGUUUUGACAUCAUCAGCUGCUACAGUUUCGAUCAAUACACUUGACGGAACAGGUUUGGUUGUGAAUGAAAAGGAUUGGAGUGAUUUGGAGUUCUUGACUACUGUCAAGCCACCCACUUGGGGGUACCCUGCCUCCAAGACACUAGCUGAGAAGACAGCUUGGAAAUUGGCCGAAGAAAACAACAUUGAUCUAAUCACUGUGAUCCCUUCUCUUAUGGCCGGUCCUUCUCUCACUCCAGACGUUCCUAGCAGUAUCGGCCUUGCCAUGGCUUUAAUCACAGAAGAUGAUUUCCUCAUAAAUAUGGCCCUGAAAGGUAUGCAAAUGCUAUCAGGUUCAAUAUCCAUUACACAUGUGAAGGAUGUCUGCCGGGCUCAUAUAUUUUUGGCUGAGAAAGAAUCUGCAUCUGGUCGGUACAUUUGCUGUGCUGCCAACACUGGCGAUCCCGGAGCUGAAGCUGCCAAGCCUGCCAUAGGAGGAGAUAUAAACAUCAAUGACCACCACAAAAAGAGAAAGCAAAUUAUACAAACCCAGCAAACCAAAAGCACAAAAUCAGAGAAGAAAAAAAAAAAGAGUAUCAGAAAUGGACUCCGUAAAGUCCUUCAAGGGCUACGGCAAAGUCGACGAGCUCUCUCUGCAGGUCGCCAUUCACGCCGCCGCGAAGCUUCCCGGGCUGCCUGCGAAAAUCGGCCGGAACAUCGCCAAUAACACCCACCUGGAGAAAGUUCUAGACGUUUGCGAGGGCCUGUUUGAAGACGUGGUUGACAGGCUCAACGACAAGCCGACCUCCAUGGAUGUGAAUCAGGGCGACAAGCUUCUCU